CUUUGUACUUUCCUCUCGCUGGCUAUUCCUCUCAUCACCUCCUCACCGUCAACACCCUUCAUCGCCAUGGACCAGGAUCAGAUUGAGCUCUACGCCCAAAAGUCAGACAUUGACAACAAUCUGUCUGACCCCACAGUCAUUGCCAAGUAUCGUCUGGCAGCAGAUAUCGCUCAAGAUGCCCUGACCAAGGUUGUCGCUCGCGUAGUCGAUGGAGUUCGCGUAAGCGAGCUCUGUGCUUAUGGCGAUGAAAUCAUUCUCUCCUAUACGUCCAAGGUCUAUAACAAGAACAGUGUCGAGAAGGGAAUUGCAUUCCCCACCAUGAUUUCGGUCAAUGACUGUGUUGAAUAUUAUUCCCCGACCGGAGACGCUGGCGACGAUGUUGUUCUCCACAACGGAGAUGUUGUCAAGAUUGAAUUGGGCGCUCAUAUUGAUGGUUAUAUUGCCACAAACGGCCACACCGUCGUGCUGAACUCCAAUCCCAGCAUGCCAGUGGAGGGGCUUGCUGCGGAUGUAGUCUGCGCCGCCUAUUUUGCUGCCGAAGCUGCCUUGCGGUUGAUGAAGACUGGUAAUAGCAACGUUCAGGUUCAGGAGGCGAUCGCAGAGGCCGCCGCACUGUUCAACUGCAGUCCCGUGACAGGAACGGCCUCCACUGAGAUUAAGCGCUACGUGAUUUCAACGGAAAAGUUGAUUCUGAAUGUACCGGACGAGGAGAACCGCCCUGUGCAGGACUUUGUCUUUGUCGCAAAUGAAGCCUACACCCUCAAUAUCCUUAUCAGUUCCGGCGACGGCACCUGCCGGGAAGGCGCGAGCAGACCCACGAUUUAUGCCCGUAACGUUCACCAAAACUACAAUCUGAAGCUCAAGUCUGCACGCGCAGCAUUCAAUGAGAUCGGCACAAAGUUCGGAGUCUUUCCUUUCACAACACGCGCACUGGAAGAUAAGCGCCAUCGUUUGGGCGUCAGCGAACUGGCCUCUCACAACCUUUUGAUGCCCUAUCCCGUUUACUAUACUCGCGCGUCUGACAGGGUUGCACAGUUCAAGAUGACCGUCCUGAUCACCGCUAAUGGCACGACUCGUAUCACACCCCCUCUUCCUUUGCCCUUUGUGCACUCGGCCUAUACCAUUCCCGAGGAUUCCAACAUUGCAAAAAUUAUGGCAUCCGAGAGUGUCAAGGUCGUCAAGGGCGGCAAGGCUUUGGCAGGUAUUGGGGCAACAGAGAUCGCUGCACCAGCUGCAGGAAUGGAGGUGGACAUGUAAUCUCUCAUGUUUAUCUCCCUUUAUUCUCUAGUUGCGCCCUCUUUUCUUUCCUUUUGUCAUCCAGCAUUGCAUUGUAAUCUAACAUCAACGAUCCGAUAGACCUACUCUACAUAAAUAUCCAGAAUAAAUCCUUCUAAGAACGAACGAGAUACCAGACUCCUGCUACUCUUACAAGAAAAAAAAAGAGUGUUCAAAGAAACGUGCAUAC